CCCCAUGACCCAGUUCCUAUUGCACCCACAGAAUCAUCUUCCCUGCUCCUGAGCCCGUGAGGAGUUUGGUCUCUAUCAAGACACCGGGAUCUGCCAUGUCAGAAGAGGGGCCCUUGCUGCAGCGGUUCCUCCAGGGGCAGCCCAGAGUCAUGGGGGCCCUCUUGCUGCUGGUGGGGCUGCUGCAGAUGGCCUUCGGUGUCCUCUUGUCCAUCGCCCCCUGCACCUAUCGGGAUGAGCUGCACGUCCACUUCUACUCAGCAGUGCUAUUGCUCUUGGCCGGUGUCAUCACGCUGGUGGCAGACACAGCCCACAGCUUGGCCCUGGUGAAAGCCUGCCUGGUCGUCUGCAUCAUCUGCACAGUGGUGGUGGGCAUGAUCAACCUGUUCUACCUGGUGGACUUGGUGUAUGACCCCCGUAACCGGUACAUCCAGUGCUCCUCCAGCAACAGGUUGCACUGCAGGCGGCUGUACCAACUCUCGCACUAUUGCACAGGCAUGCGGGCCAUCGUCCUGAUCUUAACGUCCCUGGGGUUCUCCAUUUCCAUUUACCUGGCAGCCUUCGGGUGCAAAGCGGUGUGCCGCCAGAACUCUGCCGAUGCUGUGGUAACUACCUUACUGCUACUGGGUGUGGGGCAGCGGGGGAGCGGGGGAUUACAGAGAGCUGGGUGGGAGGGGGAAGGGACGGAAGGAAAAAGGGAUGGACGCCAGGGAGAGGCGCAGAUGUGA